CAGGUACUAGUCCGUGAUUGGCGGAGGCGGUAACUUUAAAAAAUUGUUUUCAUACAACAUCCGCAACGUCCAUUGUGUUUUGUACAACAAAGCAGACAGAACGUAUCUUCACUGCGAUUUCCGGGAGUACAUGUUGAAGAAGAGACAUGGGUGCCUUUGAGAGUAAGACCUGGGCCAGUCUGGAGGACUCCACCAGUAGUACACCUCCAGAACAGCGCAAGGUGCUGCAGUUUGACCCCCGGUCACCAACUUCAGGCAUCGACAGAACACCUAUUCAGGUUGAGAAGACCACAACAGUUUUUGUGGACCCACGUUCGCCCACAAGAGAAGUUGACAGGACACCAAUAAAGGAGUACAGAGAGCCGUGGUGCUAUGACUCGGAGCUGUCCCUUGACCUCAGCACCUCCUCCGUCUGCCGUCUCCUUGACGACGACCCCGAUGCCUCGCCCCAGAUGCCUGACAUCGAGGUGACCCCGCCCGGCCGGGGGAGUGACAGAUCAUCCCGGCAGACCCCCCAGUACGAGCGUGAGCUGUGUGACAUGAUGGACAAUCUGACAGACGGCUGCACCACACAGGAGGACACCAGGCUACUCAAGGCUAAAGGUCGGAAAAUAACCUCCAAGCAGAAGUGGGGGUGGGGUAAUGGGAUGUUCAAAGCUGUGAAGCCAGCAGAGAAGCCAGUAAAAAUCCACCCCAACAACAAGAAGGUCCUGUUCACGGCAACGGGAAACCUUCCGCGGUCACCGCUGACUACCAGGAACGAGGAAAACCCGCGCGUCAUCGUACAGCAGAAGCAGAUGGCGCGACUGGGGCUGACCAAGACCGUACAGCGCCCGAUCAGGCUAGCGUCCAAGUACGAACUCUUCUCCGACAAGGAGAAUGUGGAGAUCGAGUGAAAAGACAUACAUUUUGUACCCGGGCUUUUCUUUUUGAGAAGCGGUACACUUCU